AUGCAGUAUUUAUUUAUUGUGACGUUUACGAUCCUAAUAUCAACCCUUGCCUUCAAUGAUGCUUAUCAAUAUGCUGAACGAAUAGAAGAUUGCCCUCGAUUACAACCAAGGGCCCGUCCAACAUCAGUACGUGACCUUCGUGCUGAUGACAUAAAAGUAGUGGGCGCACUAGGUGAUAGUAUCAUGGCAGGUGCUGUCUCAAAAGGACUCGAAGGAUCUCGCACUUUGAAUAUCAAUAUAGCAUUGGAAGAUCGUGGGAUAACAUAUGGAGCAGGCGGAAAUCCAGGUGCGAUCACUAUUCCAAACUUUAUUAAACAUUACAGCCCAAAUGUGAUCGGAGGCUCAGUAGGUGACCAUUGGGUUGAGUUUUGCUACUUUGGUUUGUGUCCUAAAUGGCAAUAUCAUCCAGAAAAAGACCGUUUCAAUGCUGCUCAAAGCGCCGCCAUGUCUUUUGACUUGGGAAUGGAGCUAGAUUACCUCAUUCCAGCUAUGAGAAAGACACUAGGAUUAGAUUUUGAGAAUGAUUGGAAAAUGAUCACUAUUCAAAUAGGAAGUGUCGAUCAGUGUUAUAUCUGUUCAGUCUAUGGACCAUUACUUACUCCAGAGGGAUAUGAAAAAUCAUUAAAUUCUGCCCUUCGUCGUAUCAGAAAGGAGGUUCCUCGUGUUUUAGUUAAUCUAAUUGGUGUAUUUAAUGUCACCAAUGUUUAUGAAUUGACUACAGGAAAUCCUUACUGCAGUGCAACUAUCUUUGGCGAUUUCCAGACAAAUAGUCUAGAAUGUUUUUGUGCUACUCAUGGUUUCAAGAAGGAGGUAGAUAUCGCAGCAGCUGCCUAUGAUUCUAUAGUGUUUAAACUUGCUAAAAAAUAUAAUGAAUUCAAUGACCCAACGUUUGGUAUCAUGUAUACGCCUGCUAAUGUUGAUUUGGCCUCCCUUCCUGUUCAAAUUGAUGGUGAUUGUUUUCAUCCUUCUGUAAUUGGACAUGGAACAUUUGCAAAGACUUAUUGGAAUACAUUCUGGAAGCCACUGGAAAGUAUACCAAACAUAUACACUGUAAAUGAUUAUAACAGGGUCGUAUGUCCUGGUGAAGAAGAUCGAUUUCAGCUGAAAGCGCUUUAA